AUAUUUAAAAGAGGAUAAAUAUUGAGCAUUGAAGUCUCUUAUUGCCUAAUAAUGGAUCCUAAUAAAGAAUACCUAAAAGCCAUCGGCACCUCUCUAAUGGUGGCUAUAUAAAAACGUGAAACAAUUAUUGGGAGCAAAUUCAAAGGAGAAGACUGAAAACAUGAAAGGAGCAGUCUAAGUCCACCAACAACAAAUAAACACCAGAAUAAGAAGAAAAUCAUGAAGGUAAAUGUGGGACCAAGCAAGAGAAGGGAAGUGGGAUUCUGAUGACGAGUGUCUGAAUUUUAUUGCAGCAAAGAGGAUGAAGUUUCUUGAACAUAUUUCUAUCUAGCAUCCGAAAGAAAAAUCGGUUAACCGUCAUCUUAAGCUCCAAAUCAAGUACUACACGAACAAUACUGCUCCAUUUAGAGGGCAAUAUGAUAAAGAAAUGUGUGCUCGCUCUAGUCGCCCUGGUGGCCUGUGUCGGUGCUGAUGUCUCUCACCUUGCCGGCAACUCAUAUUUGCCACCACAUUCCGUAUCGGCUCAAUCACGUACCGUUUCAUUUUCGCCCUCAUCCGGAUACACAGCAGGCAAUGCGGUGAGCGGUAAUGCCUAUACCGCAGCAAAUGGCGGUUUUAAUGCAGGGAAAACUGGUUUCUCAUCAGCCACCACCACCACCACUACAACAUCUAAUCGUGGUUUUAACUCUGGAAAUACUGGUUAUUCAACUUCAUCAUCUCGUGGAUUUAAUUCUGGUGCAUAUCAACAGCAACAACAAACAGGUUUUGGUGGUGCCGCCAGCGGUUACUCAACUGGUGCUAAGCAGGCAUAUACUGCUCCAGCUGUUCAAAAGACCUUUACAUCCCAAACCUAUAGUGCUCCUCUUACCCAACAGACCUAUAGCUCCCAAAAAACCUUCUCCGCUCCCAGUGCCCAACAGACCUAUUCGGCACCUGGUAAAUCUUAUAAUAGUUAUCAAUCUUAUACUUCAUCGGGAGCGGGAAGUCAAAAAACUUUUAAUGCUCCAGCUGCCCAAACUGUUACCUAUUCAAGCAAUUCUGCUCAACAAAGUUACACUGCCCCUGCUGCUCAAAAGAUUACCUACUCGGCUCCGGUUGUACAACAAACAAGCUCCGGUCCUGGUAAAUCCUAUAACAGUUAUCAAUCAUAUACGGCCCCUAAAUCGUUCACCACUUCAACGGUUCAAAAAUCUGCCAAUAAUGUUGAUAGAAACUAUUUAGCUCCCAGUUCGCAGCAGAGCUAUAAAUCGACUACGACAACACAAAGUUAUACUGCCCCAGCCAUUCAAAAGUCGACUUUCACAACUGGAGGUAGCCAACAAUCUAUAGCUGGACCUGGUCAAUCCUACAACAGCUAUCAGUCGUAUACAGCUCCAGCUGCUCAAAAGACUUCCUUUAGUACUUCUCAACAAACUUCUGGCGGUGCCUCAAAAUCCUUCCAAUCUUAUACUGCUCCUGCUACUACAAGUCAAAAGGUAACUUAUACAUCAGGAAGUACUUCGCAACAAGCCAUUGGCGGUCCUGGUAAAUCCUACAAUAGCUAUCAAUCUUAUACUGCUCCUGCUAGCCAAAAGAUAACUACCUACACUAGCAGCUCUCAACAAGCCAAUGCUGGACCUGGUCAAUCUUAUAACAGUUAUCAAUCAUAUACCGCUCCAGCACCGCAAAAGGUAACCUACACCAGUGGCUCACAACAGACCAGCUCGGGACCCGGCCAGUCAUACAACAGUUAUCAAUCGUACACAGCCCCUGCCAGCCAAAAGGUUACCUACAGCGCUCCUGCCACAGUUCAGAAGACCUACACCUCUACUUCAUCCCAGCAAUCUUAUACAGCUCCUGCUCCCCAAAAGGUCACCUAUACCAGCAGUUCCCAAAAAACUAGUUCCGGACCUGGUCAAUCAUACAACAGCUAUCAAUCUUAUACUGCUCCUGCUGCUCAAAAAGUCACCUACACAAGUGGCGCCCAACAACCUCUUGCUGCUGCUGGACCUGGUCAGUCUUAUAACAGUUAUCAGUCCUAUACUGCUCCUGCCACACAAAAGGUUACUUACAGCGCCCCUACCGUACAGAAAACCUAUACAACUAGCUCCACUCAACAAGCCUACUCUGCUCCAGUUGUUCAAAAAUCCACAUUCACAAGCUCUAGCGGUUCGCAACAAUCCUUUGCUGGACCUGGUCAGUCUUAUAACAGUUAUCAGUCCUAUACUGCUCCUGCAACCCAGAAAGUAACUUACACUGCUCCUGUCGUCCAAAAGACCUUUACAACUUCCUCGACCCAACAAGCCUACACUGCUCCAGCUGCCCAAAAAUCCACAUUUACAAGCUCUACCGGUUCGCAACAAUCCUUUGCUGGACCUGGCCAAUCAUACAACAGCUAUCAAUCUUAUACUGCUCCUGCAACCCAGAAAGUAACUUACACUGCUCCUGCUGUCCAAAAGACCUAUACAACCUCCUCGACACAACAAGCCUACACUGCUCCAGCUGCCCAGAAAACAACAUUUGCAAGCUCUAGUGGCGCCCAACAAUCUUUUGCUGGACCUGGUCAAUCAUACAACAGCUAUCAGUCUUAUACUGCACCAGUUUCGACAGGAGCUGCGUACACCGCCUCCUCGUCCUCAUCGUCAGGCGGUACUAAAUAUGCCGCCGAUGGUGGUUACAUCUAUUAAAUUGUGAUCUGUUAUUUUUUGAAUUUUUUCUCUCAAAUCUGCGACAAAAUUCGAAUUGUUAUACGAAUUAAAUAGGAAUACUAUCAAUCAUUCGGAAUAUUUCUAAUCUAUGUUACGGAAUGUUAAUUGGUAUAUCUUAGAAACAAAAAAUAAAUACAAAAACAAAUAUUU